AUGUCGUUCAAAGACAAGGACCUCCUGGUUCUGCACCCUGCCGCACCUUGCGGUCGCAUCGCAUCGAGGCCAGGUUUUCUUCAAGUCAAUUUCUGGACACACAUCCAUCCAUACGAAUACCAUGCCAACCUUGUCAAGGCAAAAUCUCAUAAUUCCCAUCCAGAUAUAUCAACACGAGGCUCCAGAAUACGCUUACACCGCAACAAUGUCGUCGUGUCGUUCCUCGCUAUACCUGACGCAAAGUGGGCACAGAAACAAACAUCCCAGCCCAGAUCAAAAAAAUCCUCCGUCUCCGCAGUCAGUCAAAAAUGGAAUCAAGGACGUGCGUGCUCCCUCCCGGACUCGUCCAACCAGCACCUCGAUUUAAUCACCGAUCGCACAACCCUGGCAACCGGACUUCAAGCCCGACGUGCGGAUGACAGCCGAUGGCCCGUCCAUCCAUCACCCAAGACUGCCAUCGCCUGGAGUGCAGGCGCGCGCCGUCUCACCUUCCCACCGGCUGCCAACCACGCGGUACCGACGAUGCACAGCAGCAGCCGCCGUCGUGCGUUGCAUGUUUCCAAGAGACCACGCGGAAGUUCAUCAUCAUUUCCCUUUAGUCACUCGUUCCCGCCAUCUUCUUCAAUGAAUAUCUUUCCGUCUUGUUCCCUGUCAGCAGAGCUGGAUGCCGAACAAACCAGACUGCCUCAGUUGCCGGAUAAGCUUCAGGACUUCGAAUACCUCAUCUGUCAGGAACCACUAUCACGUCGUAUCUUUAGGUCUACCGUCCAGCUGGCUCGUUGCACAGAUUUGUCGAAACCAACUUGCUGGAACCUCUACGAAUUAGCAGCAGCUUUGAUAGGCGGCACGAACACAUAUUCAUGA